UCUUUUGUCCCUCGGCGGACACCGUUUGCCAGCCAAAGCUAUGUCUCCACGUUCGCCGCCCUCGUAGGGUGCCGAAUGCUACCUGCUUGUCCACGUCUGCCAUGGCAAGCCGAGGGGUCCGGCAGCGUCUGAAGGGAAGCGGGGGCAGCGGCGGGGACACGGCCUCCGCUGCGGACAAGCUGCGGGAGCUGCUGUGCAGCCGCGAGGCGGGCGUCGGGGAGCCGCGGAGCGAGUUAUCUGGGAACAAAGCAGGACAAGUGUGGGCACCUGAAGGAUCUACUGCUUUCAAGUAUCUGCUCUCAGCAAGGUUAUGUGCUGCUCUCCUGAGCAACAUCUCUGACUGUGAUGAAACAUUCAACUACUGGGAACCAACACAUUACCUCAUCUAUGGGAAGGGGUUUCAGACUUGGGAAUAUUCCCCAGCUUAUGCCAUUCGUUCCUAUGCUUAUCUGUUGCUUCAUGCCUGGCCAGCUGCGUUUCAUGCAAGAAUUCUACAAACCAAUAAGAUUCUUGUCUUUUACUUUUUACGAUGUCUUCUGGCUUUUGUGAGCUGUAUCUGUGAACUUUACUUUUAUAAAGCUGUGUGCAAGAAGUUUGGACUGCAUGUGAGUCGAAUGAUGCUAGCCUUCUUGGUUCUCAGCACUGGCAUGUUUUGCUCAUCAUCGGCUUUCCUUCCUAGCAGUUUCUGUAUGUACACUACAUUGAUAGCCAUGACUGGCUGGUAUAUGGACAAGACUUCCAUUGCUGUGCUUGGAGUAGCAGCUGGGACCAUCUUAGGCUGGCCAUUCAGUGCAGCUCUUGGUUUACCUAUUGCCUUUGACUUGCUGGUCAUGAAACAUAGGUGGAAGAGUUUCUUUCAAUGGUCGCUGGUGGCCCUCAUGCUCUUUCUGGUGCCUGUGGUGGUCAUUGACAGCUACUACUAUGGAAAGUUGGUGAUUGCACCACUAAACAUUGUUUUGUAUAAUGUCUUUACUCCUCAUGGACCUGAUCUCUAUGGUACAGAACCCUGGUAUUUCUAUUUAAUUAAUGGAUUUCUAAAUUUUAAUGUAGCCUUUGCUUUGGCUCUCCUGGUCUUACCACUGACUUCUCUUAUGGAAUACCUACUGCAGAGAUUUCACGUUCAGAAUUUAGGCUACCCAUAUUGGCUUACCUUGGCUCCAAUGUAUAUUUGGUUUAUAAUUUUCUUCAUCCAGCCUCACAAAGAGGAGAGGUUUCUUUUCCCUGUAUAUCCACUUAUAUGUCUGUGUGGCGCUGUGGCCCUUUCUGCACUUCAGAAAUGUUACCACUUCGUAUUUCAGCGAUACCGCCUGGAGCACUAUACCGUGACGUCAAAUUGGCUGGCAUUAGGAACACUCUUCCUGUUUGGGCUCCUAUCCUUUUCUCGCUCUGUGGCACUGUUCAGAGGGUAUCAUGGGCCCCUUGAUUUGUAUCCAGAAUUUUACCGAAUUGCCACGGACCCAACCAUCCACACUGUGCCAGAAGGCAGACCUGUGAAUGUCUGCGUAGGAAAAGAGUGGUAUCGAUUUCCCAGCAGCUUCCUUCUGCCCGAUAACUGGCAGCUUCAGUUCAUUCCAUCAGAGUUCAGGGGCCAGUUACCAAAACCUUUUGCAGAGGGACCACUGGCCACCCGGAUUGUUCCUAUUGACAUGAAUGACCAGAACCUAGAGGAGCCAUCCAGAUAUAUUGACAUCAGUAAAUGCCAUUAUUUAGUGGAUUUGGACACCAUGAGAGAAACACCCCGGGAGCCGAAAUAUUCAUCCAAUAGAGAAGAGUGGAUCAGCUUGGCCUACAGACCAUUCCUUGAUGCUUCUAGAUCUUCAAAGCUGUUGCGGGCAUUCUAUGUCCCCUUCCUGUCAGAUCAGUAUACAGUAUAUGCAAACUACUCCAUCCUCAAGCCCCGGAAAGCAAAGCAAAUCAGAAAGAAAAGUGGAGACCGGAGAAGAGCAGAACCAGCUUACAGGAAGAAUUGAAAAUCCCCAAACUGGAUGGCUGUGUUAAGCUGUUCUCCACACUCUGGCCUGGCAUCCAAGAACUACAAGCCUCUCUUGGGCCAUAUGGGCUUCUCCACCAAAGCUGUUUGGCAGCUCCUAGCAGACCUUCUUGUUCAAAUCCUAAUGCUGAAAAUGAGCACAGCCUAGUUGCCAACCUAUAUGUCCUUUUCACCUCCAGCAAGACUAAGCUUUUCUACCGCACUUCACAGGACUAGGACCCUGUCCUAGAGCUAUCUCAGGAAAAAGGCAACCAUUUGAGGAACUGUGACCUAAUUUCGUUACGUAGGAUGCCUCUUAUUUUCAUUUUAUUCCUUUACAACAAACUCUAACUGUAUGUUUGUUUGGUUUUUUUAAGUUUUAGCAUGCAAUAUUUCUUGAAUUCAAGACUUCCCUGUAUAAAGGUAUCAACAGACCAGACUAUAACUGUACAGGAUAUAUUUGGAGAAAACUAAUUCUAUCAAUUGAUAGAUUUAGAUGACAUCACAUUUUUAAUUAAUUUAUUCUGAGGCCAUUUCUGAAGAAAUUAAGAAUUUCCCCUUUUUAACAACCCUUGUGAAAAAGAUAAGUGUAUAUUUAUAGCGCCUGUUUUUGAAUUCUAUUUAUUGCAAAGCACAUCCUGCAUGGGGCACGGCUAGUCAAGUAGGCAAUAAUAAGGACCUAAUUAAAGUGUAAUAAGUAUAUACUAUUACUUUACCUUUACAUACAGUAUUUCAUAGUUUACAAAGCUCUUUCACAUUAUUUCAUUUGAUCUUUACAGUCACAACGUGAGGUGGACAAGGCAAGUGCUUUUGUCCCCAUUUUACAGAUGAAGAAACUGAGACUAUAAGGGGAGGUAAAGUGACUUGCCCAAGGUCACACAGCCAGUAGUAGUGCUAGGACUAGGACCUAGGUUGCCUAAUCUCAUCUAUUGCUCUUCCAUACUUCCUCACUUGACUAUGGAAACACUACUUGAAAGAAUGAUGAGGUUGGCCAGAGACCUGAUUGAUAAUGUAACUUUCUAUUUUAAGGAAGAAUUUUAUCUGUAUUUCUUUCAGUUCUUUGGAGCCUCUGGUCUGCCUGUUGGUCAGACCAUCACAGCAGUGCUCCGUGAUACAGCCAGCCUGUGGCAGGAAAGUAGUGCUUAUGUUUGGAGAUCAUGCUCCUUUGCAGCCACACAGGAUCCCAUAUCAGUUCCAUUUCUGUAGUCAAUCUGGGGUCACAUUAUAGGUGCCUUAUUUCCCUAAGGGUAAUUGUGUCUAGGAUCUGCAAAUAGGAUGAAUCUAUUUUUCAGAGUUUCCAUCUUUCAUUUUUCAAAGAGAAGGGCAUUUCAAUAGGAACUGAUCCCAAGAGAGGAGAAAACAAGUGAUAAGGGAAGAAAUGGCAAGUUCCCAUAUAAAAAGUCUCCUCUUUAGGAUCCCCUGUAAGGGAGUAUCUGGGAUGGGGUUGAGGCACUGGAGAGGCAAUAAAUCUAGACAGUAUAGAAUGAUAACUAGAGUGAUUAUAGACUGGGGUCCCAUUUGCUGCAUUAAAGAUUUGUGGCAUGUAAUUCUCAAUACUUGAUUACUGUUUUCCAGGGCAAAUAUUGGCACAUGUGGUCUCACUACAGGACAGAGAAUUUUCAGUGAAAUAUCUUGCCAUACCUGCAGUAAUAGUGUAUUGUCUCCUACAGUGGGUGAGGUCUUCUACUUUCUGCAGAGGUCAAUAAGAGAGUCCAGUAAUGGAGGUCCAUGAUGAGUGGCUUUUUUUCUAAUCAAAGUGGUACAGUGCUGAUCUAUUUUAUCAUCUUGCAUGUUAAAAAAAAUCCUUCUGAGCAAGAGCUUACUGUAAUAUAGCACAAAACAGGUCACGAUUGAUCCAGGGAUUCCUUAGGAAUAUCAGUUCCUAUCCCUUUUAAAACGUGAUUUUGUUUUUUUCUGUUCUAUGUAUAUUUUUAGUGAGAGCACAAUAAAUUGCAGAACACUGUGCCAAAUGCUAUAGAUGAAGGAUAUGAAAGUGAAUUGUUUUUGUUGUGAAGGUGUUUUUCAUGGGAUACUGUUUAAGGACAUUUAAAAAUCUCCAUCUCAGCAAUACAGGGAGAUUAGCUUUGCCUGGGAAAAAGAGUUUUCAAAACACCUGGUCAGAGUAGCAUUUCUCCUCCAGAGAAUCAGUGUUCCUCGUGAGCUGACUGCUCUGCUCACUGAAAGGAUAAAGUAUCUGAGGUACUUAUUUCUCCCUAGAUUGUUGAGUAUUUGUAAUAACCUUUGAUGAUGGAGCUGAGUGAGGGUGUGGGUGUACUUGGCAAUUCCAGGGCCCUCUGAUCUCUAGAUCUUAAGCAACCUUAUCUGAACCCCAGAUCUUAUGACACUGAGUCCCAUUAUUGAAGCAGACUGUGUAGUAGGCAUCUAUUAUCAAAGUUUACCUGUUACCCAGUAGGUGUCAUCUGAUAAGAAAGAAGACCAGUGGUUUUAAUCUCUUGGGAUAAUCACAGAAAAUUGAAGCCCAUACUCUUUAUUACUGAAGUCAAGAUUAGAAACAGACUCUUUGUUUUAAAUCAAGGUGGUUCUUGAUCCCAACCGUUAAUUUGGGUCAUUUUUCCUAGUUUGGAGUUGUGGAAAAGAACCUUCAAAACCCCAUGUGAUUCUGCAGCAUUAGAUCUGGAGUGACCAUUUGGGCAAAGCACCCAUGGCAGUCCUUUAUUGUGUUUUGCAUUUCAUGGGAUUUAUUGCAAUUAGAAUUCAUUGUGAUUAUGCUGUCUUCUGCCCAGUAUCCGGCAGCUCUGCUUUUAAUUUGGUUAAUUUUAUUUUCUCUGAAGAGACAAAAGAGGCACAAUUUAAUCUUUGCCUCCACAGGCAUGUUGAAGUUCAUGUGUUAAUUCAUUCUUGCGCUGCUAUGUUAAAUACCUUGGGUAAAUGGAUAAAUGGACAUGUGCUUAGCUUUAAUUUUUUUGCAACAGAAAGAUCAGACUUCUGUAUGGCAUUGUUGGGUUUCAGAGGCUCUCUAGUGUUUUGGUAAAUCUAAAUGAAAGUUGCCUUUAAUUUUUCCAAUAUAUAUAACCAUGUGAUUCAUGCUGCAGAUGAAAUCGGGAAGCAGUACAGUAUGGAAGCAAGAGUAUUGCCCAGUUCAUUUGUCUUCCUGAUCCUUGUACUUUAUUUCAUGUGUCAGUGUUUACAUUACAUACUUGUGUUUUCUGUGAAAGAAAAAGUUUAAUAAAUCUUGGCAGUCUGA